AUGACCGCACGCAUAAGGGUGCGAAUCAUGACGACCGAGUGUAGCUUCAACUUCACGAGAGUCCCAACAAGAGCGACGUGCUGGAAGUCAUGGGCCGGAUUCUGGUUCGUCGUCCAUCCUCAAAUGCUUGUGAUGGUGGCGUUAGUCAUGGAGAUGUUUCCUGCAGGGAUUCACCGCGGACGAGAAAGAACGCAUGCUGGCACAUCCAGGACGGCUCAAGUCAAUUCCCUUGUUCGGCUCGAUAUUUGGUCCAUCAAGUGUCUCAACACCUACGCCGUCAGCACCCGUGACCGUUGGAGAGAAGUCGUUCAGCGAUGCCUGGGCCGACUUUUUACUUCGAGAAACAAAAUAAGAAUCGAUUCAUGGCAGCAGCAGUGGUGGCAUCGCCGAUGCUAG